UCAUUACGAAUUUUUUCAACCCUGUUUUAUAAGGGCUGGUGAUUUAAUGUGAAACUGGGUUGGAAAAGGACGGAUGGAACGAGGAAUGCAACAACUCAUCUGAAAGACCAUACUCGGGACUCACUGACCGAGAGACAGUGAGAUCCCAACAAGACAAUGGACUCGGAACAAUAUACAUUGUGCCAUGGUGCGAUUAUUAAUGCGUCACACCCUUUUUCUUUUUUUUUUCUUUUCUUUUUUUCUGCUUCGCCUUCUCAUUUCGGCCCGUUUACUCAUCUCACAUCUCACCAUUACUGCAUCUUAUCUUACUUACCGCUUUCCUGUUUUCCUUUCAUCUUUUCCCAGACAGUCAUCCAGGCAGUCUCACCUCACAGCAACAUUUAUUUCCCUUCACUCGCCUUUAUCUUGAUCCCUCCGACUAAAACCUUGCUUGUCCUUCCUGUCAUUUGCCACUUCGCCAUAUCAUAAUGCAUAACUACUCUCCAAGGCGAUUUAUUAUAAGUUACCACAACUCCAUGC